AUGCCUGUGCGCAUGUACUCCGAGACGCCUGCGCCGCCGGCGGAGCCUGCUGCGCCCGCCAAGGAGGCGGACGCCGGGCCGACCGUCUCGGUCGACUCGGCCGUGGAAUUCACGCCGCUCCCUGGCAUGCACGCGGCGGAGCGCGCGGAGCCUGUGCCGCCGACGUCGCGCGAGCCACCGUCGCCGCGCGGCCGCACGCAGCCGCACCGCCUGCAUGUGCAGUCCUCCCGCAACAAUACGAUCGUCACAUUCACCAUGCCGACCGGCGAGCCGCUCGCGCGCGCGAGCGGCGGUAGCGUCGGCUUCCGCAAGGCCGCGCGCUCCGGCUACGAGGCCGGCUACCGCGCCGCUGUGCGUGUGUUCCAGCAGAUCGGCGCGAACCGGCAGCGGUGGCAUGUGAAUGGCAUCGAGGUGCUCUGGAACGGAUUCGGCCAGGGCCGCGAGGCCGUCUUCCGGGCGUUCCAGGCCAGCGAGGGCGAGACCGUGCGCGGCCUCGUCAAGGUCAUGACCGACAAGACCCCCAUCAAAAUCGGCGGCGUGCGCCCCAAGAAGCGACGAAUGCUGUAA